AUGUGCUUCAUCGAUCUGCAGAAGGCAUAUGACUCGGUGGACCGGGAGCUACUGUGGAAGGUGCUGGCCCGGGCCGGGAUCCCCGGGGAGAUGAUCGCCGUCAUCCGCAAGUUCCACGUCGGAAUGCGGGCCCGGGUCCGCACGGACGAUGGGGAGCUAUCGGACUGGUUCCCGGUCACGCAGGGAUUACGACAAGGGUGCUCAAUGUCCCCACUGCUGUUCAACGUCUUCUUCGCAGCGCCUCUCGAG